CUGCGCUACGGGACCCUCCUGGGCAGCAGAGCUUGUGUCCACAUGGCAGCAGCUGCCUGGGCCACUGGGUUUCUCAAUGCUCUGCUGCACACGGCCAAUACAUUUUCACUGCCCCUGUGCAAGGGCAAUGCCCUGGGCCAGUUCUUCUGUGAAAUCCCCCAGAUCCUCAAGCUGUCCUGCUCACACUCCUACCUCAGGGAACUUGGGCUUCUUGUGGUCAGUGCCUGUUUAGGUUUUACGUGUUUUGUGUUCAUCGUGCUGUCCUAUGUGCAGAUCUUGAGGGCCGUGCUGAGGAUCCCCUCUGAGCAGGGACGGCACAAAGCCUUUUCCACCUGCCUCCCUCACCUGGCCGUGGUCUCCCUGUUCAUCAGCACUGCCAUGUUUGCCUACCUGAAGCCCCCCUCCAUCUCUUCCCCAUCCCUGGACCUGGUGGUGUCUGUUCUGUACUCAGUGGUUCCUCCAAAAGCACUUUCAGUGCCUUUGAGGAUGAUGCAAACCUGGGUGGAGGCCUUGAUGAACCUCACCUGGGUCACCCUGCCCUGA